ACCGGGCCAAGUGCAGCGGCUGCAGCCUCCUUCGCUUCGCGUCCCGACCUGCUCCAGUAUUUUACGCCAGACCUCCGCGCAGCGCGCACACCCCCGCCCGCCCGUUCCCCGCCCGCCUGCAAGCUCGUCUGGCACGCGUCGCCGCGGUUUCCCUCUCCCCGAGAUCUACACAGGAGCCCGCAGACACUGCCCUUGAUCCCGGCGCCGUCCUCCCACUCGUCUGAGUCCGCUUGCACCUCCGCCCCAUCUCCGGUAUAAAACCCCAUCCCCUGAUGCAUGCACUGCGCCCUACGUCGUCACCCGUAAUCCUCGUCUAGCCGCCUAACUCCAGGCGAGCAGGCGUUUGUUUAGCCAAGUCAUAUAAUAGACCGGGGACGAUGGACCAUCCCGUCGUACCAGCCUUUCGUUCAACAUCCCUGCCUAAUUCCUCCAGCGCGCGACCGUACACCGCGCCGCUCAACACGGCCCUUCUUGGCCGCAACUCGGGUUUCGCGGUCGGUGAGGGCCCCAUCACGCCUCCGAUCUCACCAGGCCGUAGCGACGAGGGAGACCCGAGCAUCGUCAUCGAUUCCGAGCCGCGGUACAGCGGCGGCGGCACUCCCCCGUCAGACUACCCGCGUGCGGCAGUCGCCGACGAGGCAAUGGAUGUCGACUCGGAGCAAUCAGCAUCUUCUCCGAAACCUCCGUUAAGACGGCUCGAAGACGAGGAGAGUCAUCUGACCCGGGGGACCCUGAAGCUCACUGACUUCGAGGUGAAAGGUACCCUAGGCACGGGAACGUUCGGACGGGUUCUCCUCGUCCGGCUGCGCGGAUCAUCUGCGCCCAGCACUCAAAACUGCUAUGCGUUGAAAACACUGCCCAAGAGCCAGAUCGUCCGGCUACGGCAAGUCGAACAUGUAAACGCGGAACGGUAUAUCCUAUCACGCGUCCGGCAUCCAUUCAUUGUCGAUCUAUACGCGACCUUCCAGGACAGCCUCAAUGUCUAUAUGUUAUUGUCGUAUGUCCCCGGUGGCGAGCUCUUCACUCAUCUCCGACGGGCACGGCGGUUCACUCCGGACGUCACGCGAUUUUAUCUCGCAACGAUUAUCCUCGCACUCAAAUACCUACAUUCGUUCAACAUAAUCUACCGAGAUCUCAAGCCGGAGAACCUCCUGCUCGAUUCGCGUGGUUAUCUCCGUUUGACAGACUUCGGAUUUGCCAAAAUCGUCGACGACCGUACCUGGACGUUGUGCGGCACUCCCGAGUAUCUAGCCCCGGAGAUCAUCCAGUCGGACGGCCACGGGAAGGCUGCGGACUGGUGGGCAUGCGGCAUUCUCUGUUAUGAGAUGGUCGUCGGGUACCCGCCGUUCUUCGACGAGACUGCUUACGGCAUCUACGAGAAGAUCCUCAACGGUAAAAUCCACUGGCCGCGCGAGAUGGACCGUCUCACGAAAGGCAUCAUCAAAGCUUUCCUGCAUCCUGACCGCACCAAAAGGUUGGGAAAUCUCGGUGGUGGGCCCCAGGACGUGCUGGAUCACCCAUGGUUCCGAGGCGUCGACUGGGACGCGUUGGAACGACGAGAAAUCAGGGCGCCGAUCAUCCCGCACGUAGCAUCGCUCGACGAUACACGGCAUUUCUCACAUCUCCCACUCCCACCUGAGGACGAAAUCCCCGGGCUCAUCAAGGAGGAACACCCGCCGGCUCUCCAUCAGCGUUUUGAUCCUUCCGCGUACCACUUCAUAGAGUUUUGAUCAGCACAGGAUCUGUCACACUCAUUCGUACGGUCUCUUGCUCUCGCCAACAGAGAGCCUCCCGAAGCCAACUCGGCAUCCGCAAAAGUAGCAUGUCGGUGUGUGCUUGGGGCGGAGCUCUGUUUCUGUCGGGCUAUGUCGCAAAUCUGUCUGCACUGUAUAGCAUACCCUUCGUUCAUCUGUAUAUUCUUGUUCCGUUGUGGUUCCUGUGGUAGCAUUCCUCGUCAGGCGCUCUC